CUGCAAGCACCUUUCCCUCUGGGUGCCAGGCCUGUCUCUCUGCCCUCAUCCCCACACCCCAAAGUGUGAGAGAGAUAGACCAGGCAGAUGAGCCUGCUAAGUCCCAGGACUCGGGGGGCCUAUCUCUCCUGGAUGCUGGUCAGCUGUGGCCAACACCCUGGCUUGGACAGGAAGGCCACCGUGAUAGCCUCUCAGCCCACGGCCCUGACCGCCAGCCACUGGCCCUGAUAAGAGACCCCACCCCAAUGCCCUCCUCCCUGACCCCAGCCCCCACCACCACUUCACUCCCUGGAUAUAAGCAGCCUGCUGCUGACCAACACCAGCCUGUCCUGUGCACUCAGCCAGCCAGCCACCACCAUGUCUCUGACCAAGAGUGAGAGAGCCAUCAUCCUGGCCAUGUGGGCCAAGAUGGCCACCAAGAUGGAGGAGAUCGGCACAGAGACGCUGCACAGGCUCUUCUGCAGCUUCCCGCAGACCAAGACCUACUUCCCGCACUUCGACCUGCACGCGGGCUCAGCGCAGCUGCGCGCUCAUGGCGCCAAGGUGGUGGCGGCUUUGGGCGACGCGGCCAAGAACAUUGACAACGUGUCGGGCGCCCUGGCCCGGCUCAGCGAGAUGCACGCCUACAUCCUGCGCGUGGACCCGGUCAACUUCAAGCUGCUGUCCCACUGCCUGCUGGUCACCCUGGCCACGCACUUCCCCGCCGACUUCACUGCCGAGGCGCACGAAGCCUGGGACAAGUUCAUGUCGCUGGUGUCCUCCGUGCUGACCGAGAAGUACCGCUGAGCCCACCACGGACACUCACCGGCGACCCCGUUCCGCUGCCCCAUUCAUAUCCCCCACCCCACCCCCGCAAUGUGCCAAUAAAGGAAAGAGCCGAGCCUG